AUGUUCACGACUUGGCAUCCCUUGGCCAGUGCACUUACACCAGGUCAACAGCAGGCGCAUAACAUUAACUUCCAGUUCGACAGGCGCCAGCCUUGUGGUUCGUUAGGCCAGCACAACGCACCCGACGCCCGCAUCUCACCCGGGAAGCGGUUCAAAAAGCGGGAGAAGAAGAACAGGCUCGGCGGCUACGAAACGUCGUCGCGUGGGUUCCCCUCUCCUCCUGCCCUCUCGCUCGUCCAUCAAACGACCGAAACACAUCCAGAAGGUGGGGUUGGACCUGCCAGCGAAGCACCUUUUACUCGUUCCAUCGUCGCUGCACGUUGCUGCAUACCUACCUAA